AUGACUCCAUUCUCCCACCUUAUCCGUUUUGAAUGCUUAGAAGGGAAUAUUCACUUUGCAGAUAUAGGCCCUAAUGCAGAUGGACCACCUCCUCAUGGAACACGUAUUGAUGCAUACGGGUCGCUCGACGAACUUGCAACUAAGACUGGGUCAAGAACUGUAACGAUUCGACGGUUUUUGGCGCCUGUUCCUCAUGAUGGUCUUCCUAUCUAUUGCGUCGGCCUGAAUUAUCGGACUCAUGCCACAGAAGCAGAGCUCACCAUUCCAUCGUACCCACCUCUCUGGACAAAACCUGCAGCGUCUCUUGCGCACCCGGACGAAGAUAUUCCCGUCAACAAUUUCUGCGCCAGGAGUUUUCUGGACUAUGAGGGCGAACUUGUUUUCGUAACAUCUCGUGAAUGCCGAGACGUCUCACCACAAGACGCGAAGGAAUACAUUCUGGGAUACACAGUUGGAAAUGAUUUGUCGUGCCGCCUCUUUCAACUGCCAAAGAACUCAGGUGGCCAAUUCUUCUAUGCCAAAGCGUUCGAUCAUUUUGCACCAAUUGGUCCUUCGCUGGUAAGUCCGGAGAUUUUUGGGCGACAAACGUUUCGUGUGGUUACGAAGGUGAAUGGCCAAGUCCGACAGAUGGCAGAUCUACAGAAUGACAUGGUUUUCUCGCCCGAGAGGAUUUUAAGUCACAUGAGUCAAGGCACUACAAUUCCAGCAGGUACGGCUGUAAUGACAGGUACUCCUGCAGGCGUGGGCGCUUUCAUGAAGCCAAAGACCUUCUUGCAACAUGGCGAUUUGGUUGAGGUGGAGAUGGAAAAGGUAGGCACACUAAAAAAUAAGAUCAACUUCGAGUGA